GAUAUCGCCACAGAGUCAAAACAAAGUAAACACGCAUUUUCUACAACACAACGAACACUUAAGCAGACUAUAAUCCAUAAUGUUAAAUUGCUAAAUAUAUACGUGCACUGUUAACUUAACACUGCAGUCCAUAAAUUGUAAUAAUUAAACAAAGAAAUUAUUAAGAAGACUUCUCCAAGUCAUCUUCAGCAGCAGCCUCACAUCCGCUCACAUGUCGCACAUAGACAACAUUUUCAAUCAGGUUCGUGCACGUCUUCAGGCGCACAGCAUUAAGCUGUGGGAGGAGCCGUACUACUCCGAAGGCUUGGGCAGCAUUGAGGCAUCCAUUGAACGCUUGGCUGACGAAUUUAGCGAACAUCUGGGCAUUGACUCCUCGCGCUGCAAGUGCGUGCUCACCGAGUUGCAGGAUAAUGCUCUGCGCAAGCUGAAGGCACGUCAGGAGUUCAGCGAAACGGGAUUGGCCACAUUCAAGGUGCGUCGCGUCGACAAUCGCAAUGGCACAACCAACAUAAUCGACAUCAAGUGUGACCUCAAUGAAUUGGGCUCCACGUUGCAGCAGGCGAUUGCCAGCAAACUGCAGAUCGACGAUGCCAAUCACGUCAAGUGCAUCUCCGCGGGCCGCAUUAUCUCGCCACAUGCAACGCUGGCUGCACAGAACCUGAAAAACAAUCAGCAACUGAUCGUCAUCGUUGGCCAAUGCGACAAUCAAAGCGGCGCCCUUCACGAACGUAUCAGCAAGAUUAAAUCGGAUGUUGCGACAGUGGUUGCAUCCCAAAACCAGUUAAUGGAGAUGGAGGAUCAGGAUGGCAAUCCGGUAUUUCUGCCGCCUAACGAGAAUCGCGCACUUCUUACAGGCAUGGGCUACUGUGAGAAGGCACGCGCCGCAAUGAAUCGUGAUAAUUAUGAGGAGGCGCUGCUGCUGCUGCUCGAAGCGGAUGAGCAGUUCAGUGCCUGCGAUAGUAAAUUCCUUGAGUCUGUGGACAACUAUGCCUUGCUCAAUUUGGAUAUUGUGUGGUGCUAUCUAUGUCUCAAGAAUGUCUCACAAUUGCCGGAUGCCGAUCGCCGGUUGAGCAUCUGCGAUCGCAGCUUUCGGCGCAGCUACGGCGAGAACUACUCGCGUCUGUAUGCGCUGAAGGGUCGCGUCUGCCCAGAGCGAGCACUUAUUAUGCGACUGCAUCUGCUUCAAGGUGUUGUGCUGUUCCAUCGCAAUCUACGUGAUGCCGCCUAUGAGCGUUUCGAGGCGGCCGCCGCGGUGCUCUCCGAGCUGAAGGUCAACGACGAGCAGCUGCUUCUGCUAGUAGAGAUGGGCUUUGAGGUAGGCGAGGCUCGCCUCGCUUUGCGCUCCAGUGCCGGAAACGUGGAGCGUGCGUUGCAGUGGAUACAGCAGCGAAAGCAACAGCUCUCCGAUGCUCGCAAGCAGUCGAAAGGAGAGCGUGCCAUGCAUCGACGCUAUGCCAAGCAGGCGACCAAGGAUAGCGACUGGGUUAAUCCCCGUAGCGUUUGUACCCUCACCGAAAUGGGCUUUGAUCGUCGUCUAGCUACCGAAGCGCUACGACGCACAGAAAACGAUGUGCCUCGUGCAGUGGAACUACUGCAAGAGGGCUCCGCUGAGCUGAGUGCAUCGUUACCCAAAGAGAGCAGCGCCGACGCUGUCCAGCUAUCUGUACUGUUGCAAUUGGGCUUUAAGGAGCCGGCGGCGCGUGCCGCCCUCGAGAGCACGCAAAACAACUUGGAGCAGGCAACCGAUUUUCUGCUGAAGGCCAUUGAAAGCGAGGAAGAGUUAGUGCAGACUGUCGAUCGUGUGACACAGCUGGCUAGCAGCAAUGCUAUCGGCUUUGAUAUGGCAUCCACUUCACAGGCAAGCGCACCGUCUGGGUCCCUCAUAGAUGCUGUGCUGAAAAAAUCGAAAGCCGAGAUCGAGGCAUAUCAGGCGUACAAGCGUUUGCACGCCGAUCUGACGCACGGUGAUCAGGACUAUUUGAAUUUGCCGCUGCUGCAGGAGGAGCAGCUGCUCGCCGAGUAUCGUAAUCUGCUCGAGCAGUAAACGGCAGUUGACUGCUGCAGCUGCUUGUUGCUAGUGUUUAAGUCAUUGGAUUUAAUUAUAUUUGUUACGGCGGCUACAACACGCCAUAUAAAAACCUGUUUAUCUUUUGUAGAUAACUGUAA